CAUCCGGUUUUUUAGAAAAUGCAAAGAAAAUUGCAACAAUGUCGUGACACGCAGUUUGGACGGACGGAGUCUUGACAAACUGUAAUUACGUUUUUCUUACAGUUUCCAUGUUGAAAUGCGAAGAUGGAGGCUGCCAGCCUGGUCUCAUGCAGAGAGGACAUUUCUUCGCUGUUUCCUGAGCAAACGCCUGGUGCCAAAUAUAAAGAUUUAAGCAGCCAGUUUUCCUGGGUGAGACAAGUACGCGGGGAUGGGAACUGCUUCUACAGAGCCCUCUGCUACGCACACUUGGAGUCAGUCCUACAUAAUGCCAGGGCUUUGCAGAGAUUUAAGGAGCGAAUUAUUCAAACCUGCAAAGACUUUUCUUCUGCGGGAUUUGAUGAGAGCUCCUUCAAGCGCCACCUGAACACAGUCGUAAAUGUUGUGGAGCAGUGCCAGGCUGAUGAGCAGAAAGACCGGCUGCUCCAGCUCUUCAAUGAGCAGGGGACCUCUGACAGUGUGGUGCAGUAUCUCAGGCUGCUUACUUCUGCACACUUGCAAAACCAUGCGGACUUCUUCUGCAACUUUGUGGAGGCGCCCAAUCUGCAAGUCUACUGUCAUCAAGAUGUGGAGACCAUGGCAAUGGAGUGCGAUCAUGUGGACAUCUUAGCUCUGUCACAGGCCCUGGAUAUCUGCAUCCACAUCGUCUCUAUGGAGGGCGAUGAACAGCAGUUGGCUCACCACGUCAUUCCCGAGGGUGCUGAACCCUCCCUGCACCUCCUCUACCAAACGUCACAUUAUAACAUUCUCUACCCACGACCUCAACACUGACCAGUGAUCCAGGAGGACUCCGCUCAACUCAG